AUGCAAUACGUUGCCGCCUACAUGCUUUCCAUCAUGGGAGGAAACAGCUCACCCUCCAACACGGAUAUCACCAAAAUUCUCUCCUCUGUCGGUAUUGAUGCAGACUCGGCUCGAAUUGAAAACCUGCUGAGCUCCAUUGGCAACAAGGACGUCUUUGAACUCAUCGAGGCUGGCCGUGCUAAGCUCGCUAGCGUUCCAUGCGGAGGAGCCCCCGCUGUUUCCUCAGCAGGAUCUGCCGCACCAGCCUCCAAGAAAGAGGAGGAGAAAAAGAAAGAAGAAAAAGAGGACUCAGAGGAAGAGGAGCCCUCUUUUGAUCUCUUUGGUUAA